AUGAGGGAUAACGGUAAAGAAUCUGUGCGGUUGUGUGAACAUAUAGUCCGACAAGCAUUUGGGGAUGUCAUAUGUCGCGUGGCGUCCACAUUACUGAAUAGAGGUAGAUUACCUUCAUCUACAAUAUCGAGAUUGUCAGCUUUACCCAAAUCUACCACACAAGCAUCAUUGUUAAUUUUGAUUCAACAUGAUUUGGUCCAAACGAACGGAGCUUCAUACAAAGAUACAGGAGAAGAAGAACAGUUUGAGUUUGACACUUUGACCUGUUUGAUGAGAUUAAGAUGGGGUAGAAUAAUGGCUAUAACUCAUCAAAAAUACGAUGACAUCGCUUUGGAGAUAGUUAGGAUGUUGAUGAUUUAUGGUAAAUUGAAGAUACCAGAUAUCAUCUCUGCUUGUGCGGGAUCAAGUGAUGCUUCACGUGCGGAUGCAGUGAACACCACUUUGAUCGCAUUGGUCAGAGCGCAAUUUAUACGUCCGACUUCACCAGAAAUGCAUAUUCUUGAAUCGGAUCUCGUACAACGGCGAUAUCAAGCUCAUAGGAAGGAAAUGUCCGCAUCGAAAAACACAGCCAUGUUAUCAGCUAAUGACCUGGACAACUGUAUGAAACAAGCUCAACAUGAAAUUGGAGAAGAAAGAGCAGAUCUUCAGGACAUACGACGGAUACUUAUUGAACGACCCAAGAUUGAUAAAGAUAAAAAGAAACGUAAAGGUAAACUCAACGAAGAGUUCGAUUACGAUUUGAAGAAAGAUGUUCAUUUGAGAAUCAAUUACGAUCGAUAUGGUCUAUUGAUUCGAAAUGAAUUGAUAGUUCAAGCAGCUGAAGAAAGAUGGAACAAAGCAGCUGGAACAGUUAUGCGUGCAAUACUAGAAGCUGCAUUAAAAGACAAUUCGUCAAUGAAAGAAGAAAGAACAAACGAUUCGAUUGGGGUAAAUGAAAUAGUCUCACAUAUCCCACAUAAAGAUUACCCUCUAUUAUCAGCUGGAUUAGCAAUAAGUUCAAGAGCUACAAUACCGGAAUUAGUUAGGAAUUACUUGAAUAUCUUGGCUGGAGAUGAUGGUGCUGCUGGACAUUUCACUUUCUUGAGAAAAGAUAAUGGAACGAAUCCAGGUUAUAUUGUUGAAAUUGAAAUCAUCUGUAGGAAACUGAGAGAGAACAUCUUGUAUCAAUUGGUCAGAGAACAAUUAGGAAAUAAAGCCGCAAGAGUCUUGGCUGUUGUCAGUAAAAGUAGUAAAGCUUUUGAGACAACUAUUCGAGAUUGUGCAAUGUUACCGUUGAUGGAUGCGAGAAAGCAUCUAGCGAAUUUGCAACGGUUAUCACUGGUCGAAACUCAGGAAGUACCGAAAACAGCAGCUAAAUCCAGAAUGGGUUUACCGCCUUCAGCAGAAUAUCACUUAUGGGCAAUGGACGAAGCGCGUGUUUAUGGUGUUUUGUUGACCAACGUAUACAAAGCGUUAGGUAACAUAUUGCAGAGGAGAUCUACCGAAAUCGAAAAGAAGAAAAUUGUUUUAGCGAGAGAAAGUAGAACGGAGGGACAUGAAGGUGGAAGAGGUUUAUUACAAUUGAAGGAUCAAGAAGAUUUGUUGGAGUUGGAUGAUAUUGUCAAAAAAUUCACUUUGGCAGAAAUGAGAUCGGAAUUAGUCGUUUUCAUAUUAAGAGAUUUGCCUGGUUCACAAAGUCAAAAGACUGGUUAG